GAUCUACUGGAGAAAAAAUAGCCCGUCUUGAUUUCAGUGAUCCUCAGGGAGGUAAAGGAGCGGCAGAUAGGUUGGCAGCAACAUGCAAAUCACACAUCGCGUGUAUAUUAAUGAGGGAAAUGAUGUUGUUACCGCCAAACAACUAGAGAGUGCCAUCCUUUCCAAUGGGGGAGUAAAGGGUGUUCGAGUCGUUUCACUGCAAUCCAUUGCUAACUCUCAAGAGACCACACAAAAGAUCCCAAACAUAAGUAAGCUUAACAAAUUUGAGUUUCUGUCUGGAGAGAAAAUUAAAGUAUGGCGUGCUUAUGGCAUAGGCACUGGGAAAGUCAUCAGAAUUGAAAAGCCCUCGACUACAGAGGCCAAUCAUAAAUGGCUUAGCUCGUCUUUCUCACCAGGAGAAUUUAAAUAUUUUACUCCCCAAACAACUCGCAAGACCCAAUCGGAGACGCUAACCGAACCCGCUGAGAAGAAUGUUGAGCCGGAAGAUAUGAGUACAGACCAUACCUCCCAAGCACUCUUCUCUUGCCCACAUGAUGGUUGCUUUCGUUUUUUUCAAAAGGUCGGGAAUUUAGGAAGGUACUUGACUUCCAAAAAAAUGUACUAGGGCCCUCCAGAAG